GUCGAGAGUUUACCAAAAUAGUCCAAAACGGACUGCCCUUCUUGUCGACACGCAGCAAGCUGAGCUUUGAUCUGAUGAACACGUACUGUGUUCCCCACGGAAAACCUCUGUUUCAGUUUUUCCCACAACUGAUACGCUUCUGUGAUAUACGUCACUGUGGUUCUCACCUUCGGUUCAAUGGAGGCUCGAAUCCAACCCACUAUCAUUGAGUUCACAGUCAGCCAGUUGUCCAGAUCUGGACUCGUCUCUUCCGGCUUCUUCAGAGUUCCCUUAAUGAAACCCAAUUUACGCUUGGCCUGCAGAGCAUUAACCAUCUCUGACGACCAUUCAUUGUAAUUCACUCCGUUUAACUCAACAGAGCAAAUCUUGGCUCCUGGAUUGUCGGAACCAUACAACGUGUAAGGCGAGCUUGAUGUCGCUUCAUCCUUCUUCGUUGCAACUGUGAGAUCAGCCAUGACUCUCUAUGAAAAGAACAGAAGAUCAGAGUUUGAGGAUCUUCUGCUCUGAUACCAUGUAGAUUUGUAUACCGUAAUUGUGUUAUCUCAUUAGAAAGCCAAUGGCUAAGUAUUUAUACAACCUGAGAAUCGAUGUGAUCUCAAUAUUAACAAGAAGAUUCACCCUUAUCUUAACGACAUAUACAGACUUAUCAACAUAUGAGUAGUUAUCUUAACAUAUAUCCCCAAUACUAUCAAAUGUCGUAGUACUGGAUCUCAGAAACAACAGAUUAUCAGGGAGUAUUCCGGAGUUCAUCAACACGCAAACCACCAGCAUCCUUCUACUCCGGGGGAAUAAUUUAACAGGCCGUAUUCCUCGCCAGCUGUGUGGCCUCAGCAACAUCCACCUACUUGAUCUAGCUGACAACAGUUUAAAUGGGUCCAUACCUUCAUGUCUUAGCAACACAUCACUUGGUUUAGGGAAAGAGGAUGCACCGUACGGCUAUAGUUUCGGAGUUGCUGUCGUUGCUCCUGGUGACUCCAGUUCCACAGAUUCUUUUAGCUAUUUGAGUUUGAAAAUGUCGGUGUAUAUUUCGGAUCCGUUUAGAAUGGCCUACCUGUCAGACACUCCGUAUGAUAUUGAAUUUGCAACAAAACAUAGGUAUGAUGCAUACAGAGGAGGAAUUCUCAACUACUUGUAUGGACUCGAUCUCUCGGAAAAUGAGCUCACCGGUGAGAUCCCUUCAGGGCUUGGAGAUCUUCUGAAACUAAGAGCUCUCAAUCUUUCUCACAACUACUUAUCAGGAGUGGUACCAGCGACCUUUUCAGGUAUAAAGAAUUUGGAAAGCCUUGAUCUUUCUUUCAACAGAUUACGUGGCAUGAUCCCACCACAGCUAACAGAGCUAAGCAGUCUAGCGGUCUUCAACGUCUCAUUCAACAACUUGUCAGGAGCCAUUCCACAGGGAAAACAGUUUAACACGUUUGAAACACAAAGCUACUUAGGAAAUCUUUUCCUCUGUGGACAACCAACCAACACAAGCUGUAACGGUGGAACCUCUCAAGCAUUGGAUAAUGGAGUGAAGGACGAUGAUGGUCAAAUCGACAUGGUAAUUUUCUACUGGAGUUCUGCUGCAACCUACGUGACAGUACUUAUUGGACUAUUCGCAUCACUGUCUUUUGAUUCCCCUUGGAGCAGAUUUUGGUUCUCCAGUAAAUGUUAAAUUUCUGACACAAUCCGAUUAAAUGUAAAACUAACAUGUUUAUCUAGACGACUUACCCGGGAUUUUUUUUUGGUAUUUUCGAAAUUGUUUUUGAAAAAAAAAAGCAAGCUGCUAUUUACAAAAGAAGGAUUCAAAGAAGUCUUCUUUUGUAAAUUUUAAAUUAAAAAAAAAAAAAUUUUGAAGAUUUCCUAGUAGUCUGCCAAAAGACUUCUAUGGAAAUCAUCUAUAUCA